GCUUUUGGAAUUCGUGGAGCAGAAAUUGGAUCCCGCAGUAUGCACUUUACACGUCCAAAGAAGAAGGACCCGUCCAUCCCACACUUUCCUUUCUUUUCUUUCCUCACAUACCGCACGUCGCUUGUCCCUCUCUUUCCUUCCUUCGUUCCCUGCCUGUGCGCCGCCAUCUCCACAUCACCUUCUCCUCAUCAACCUUCUUGGUGGCAUCUGCAUCACUCUUUUAUACCGUCUGUUCUGCUCGCUCUCUUCCUCAUCUUCCUUGCCGCUGCUUGUACCAUAUCCCCUUUGCUCUAUUUUCGUGUUCUACUUUCCUCAGGUCGUAUUCGACUCCCAACCAGCCAGUCAUGACAAUGCUGCCUACUAUCGACUUUAACAAUAUCAUAAAGCAUCCGCUUAUAAAGGCCACAGAAUACUCCGAGGUCCAUGGAGGGACACUUAUUAAGCCUGCCCAUAACUCGUCUGCCUCUGUACACUCGAUCUCAUCCGCCUCCUCCACCUCCUCAGCUCAGUCCUCAACCUCGCGGUUAGAUGAGCCAGAGUACAAGCCCGUCGUCCUCAAGUCCUGUCGUCACCCCGCGGACUUUCGCGACCUGCUGCAUGCCCUCAGUAAAUUGCGCGACCACCCUCAGGCACCCAAUCUUGUCGUCUUUUAUGGCGCAACGCGCGAGCACCCCUCCGCAACCUCUACAAGCCCUAAUUAUCCCUCAAAUGGAGCUAAAGCUGGCACUCAUGGCUCUAUGACCAUGUCCAUUUCCUCGCUCUCCCUCUCCUCGAAUUCUGGGCUUGCAGGAGCUACGUCUUCAAUGCAACAACUCGGUGGUGCGCGGGAUUGGAUAGUGACAAAACCGUCUGCGCAUGGAACGCUUCAUGAAUUCCUAAAAUCGCCUCAAGGGGUCGCGCUAGAUUGGAUGGACAAGAUCAGGCUGAUCCGAGGAGUCGCAAACGGGCUGUUAUAUCUACAUGACCAUGGUCUGCUGCACAUGAACUUGCACAGCGACAACGUCUUGAUCGAAAACGGACCCACUGCUGUUCUUACAGAUUUUGGGCAGACGUCAAGAUCUGUUCGCGGACCUGAACCAGCCGCCGAUUCUAACCCACCCACCAGUCCAAAACCAGGAGCAAGAUGGGUCCAUUCAGGAGGUGUCUUUGAAAAGGGACUGAUAUACACAGCACCUGAACGACUCGCCAACCCAGAAUUGAACCCGUGCACGACCGCGUCCGAUAUCUAUUCACUCGGAGUCAUCAUGCUGGAGAUCUUGACGGGGCACCGAUCUCAUGCAAGUCACUUCCUCACCUCCUCCUCUGCUGACGGCCACCUCCGACUCAGAGAGGCACCAGCAGCACCAGGAAAGUCAUCGGCGCCCUUACCAACCAUGUCAACGCCUCAGGGGACGCUAUCGCUACCGAGUGCCAUGGAGUCAUUGAUCCGAAAGAUAUGCUCGCGCGACCCGGCCCAGCGUCCAGGCCUGUUUGUCAUCCGAUCGCAGUUGAAAGAGAUGGCAAACACGUCGUUUGAUCUUCAUGUGCGCGAGCCCAUCAACAAAGGCACCACAGGUAUUCAAUUGAACGCUAAGAAGCCGAUCUCUUUGAUCUCUGUUGUCACGAUACCCACAGUCAUUGCAGAAUCUGGUGCAACGCCUUCUGAACCAAGUGUAUCAGGCGGAUUCAGUACGCGAUCGCUUAUUGAGCCUCUCACGCCAAAGUCGCCAUCGCAGGGCAGGAAACGAACAUCUAUCCUCCGUAAAGCACUGGACAUGUCCCUCAACUCCCCACCCGCAUCUCCAAAACGCAAAGAUAUCCAGAUUUGGGAAGCAGCUGUCAAGGGCGACACCAAAGCCAUCAACUCGUUACUUUCAAAGGGAAUCUCUGUCAACCAGCGGGAUCCUGUCACAGACUACACACCAUUGAUCUCUACGGUUGCUGAUUUGGAUAAUCCUAAUCAAGUACCAAAUAUCGCCGUUCUUGAGCUACUGAUCAACAGGGGAGCCGAGAUUAAUGCGUUCGACCAAAAAACCAAACAGACAAUUUUACAUCACUUGUGCUCACGGCCGAACCCUUCGCCGGCUGUGCUAAAUUUCUUGCUCGAUCGAGGUGCCAACCCGAAUGCUGUUAGUUCUGCACGCCAAACACCUCUGCACUACCUGGCCGAGAGAGCAAAGUCGUCGCCGCUGGAACCGAUGCGGUUGUUGUUAGAUUUCGGAGCGGAUGUGAAUGCCAAAGGCCCAGUCAUGUGGACGGCACUUCAUUUGCUGAGCGCCAGCGAAAAGCCCUAUCUGGAUGCGAUGAUGUUGCUUUUGACGCGGGACAUUGAUGUUAAUGCUCGGGAUAGCAACCAGUGGACGGCGUUACAUUUUGUCGCACAUUACAACCAGGAUCCAGCGCCAGCGCUCAAGAUUUUGGUGGAUGCGGGAGCGGACGUGAACGCGUUGACGAAACGACAAGACGGCGUGAUUCAGGUCUUGCUGAAGAGCAAGAGUAUUGAUCGACUGGCUGCAUUGGAGGUGAACGCUAACGGAGGCUCUGGGGUGAAUGGCAGCAGUAAUGGCCCUCCUGCCGCUGCAAGCUCUGGACUUGGUAUCUCUGGUGGUAGUAUGCUUGGACAGUUUGGUGGAAAUAACCGGAAACGGUCAUCGAUCACGACUAUAUCGACCAGCAGUUCAUUCACAGGGCCGAAUCUUGCCAGAAUAAGCACAGUUGCAGAGAAUGGGAUCACGGGCCCAACGCAGCCAGAUUUGGCGAAUGGUGGAAAUGUACUUCUUUCGCCUGAAGAGGAGGCCAAGGAGGAGAGUUUGAAGAAGCUGGCAGAUAUGAUGCGCUGGCUGAUUGUGGACUGUGGCGUGAACCUGGAGAACAGUCUGAACUACGAUGACCCAUAUCCGCCGGCGAGUCCAAAGAAUCAGCAUGUCCUCUAUCGGGCGAUCCGACUGGGUAUGCGACCGAUUGUGGCAGUCUUGUUGGAGACCAGUUUGGUAAUGAGUGAGAUCCAUGUACUGGACGAUGCGCUUCAGGUAACGGAAGAGAUGCUGAAUACCCUGAACGCGGGCAUACUGCCACAGCAGGGCAGUGAUGCUGGAACUGCACGUUCAUCAAUGGAGUCAUCAAGUUCUUCACGUUGUCAGUCUCAGCCGCACCAUCGACGGAACAGCAGCGUCAGCAGCAAUGGCAGUCUUCUCCAGAUAGGACAGGGGCACAAUGGCAACACCAAUGUUAUGAGCAGUGUGGUCACACCAAAGUCUUUGGCUGUUGCCGCAGCGUCAAUUAGUCGAAUCCAGGAGAUCGAGGCGCUUUUGAAAGUGUGGCGAUUUGGCGAUCAACGACAGCAGCUGCUGGAUUCUGUGAAGGCAAGGUUAGGGAGGUCUAACAGACGUCGGUCAGGUCGGCGAGAUGGCUCUGGACAUGGAGCUAGGGAUGACGAUGGCAGUACAGCCGGCGGCAGUAGUCCAGUGUCCUCUGCAUCGUUCGAGAGAGAUGGGGAGCGGGAAGGUUUAGACAGAACUAUGACAGCCUGAGGAUGAUUGCCAACCUCAAAUAAAACUCAAAGCACAUCAUAGGGGAGGCAUUAAGGUUUAGGCAUUCCCAAAAAAGGGAGACAAUUCAGGGGAAGGGCAGACUGAAAG